AUGAGUGAGGUUCGACGGAGGAAGCCUGCAACCUUACAAGAUGGCGAUUCAUCGGCUCAACAGUGUUUAAAACAUGCACAUAGCGAACACUCGGAAGACCUUAUCUCAGAUAAAUUCACUGAUCGUCCAUACAGCCUGUUUUGGUUAUUCCCUGCGACAGCUGUUUUCCUAGCUUGCUUCAUUAUUUGUGACGACAAUAGUGAUUGUUUGCCUUGUCCUGAUUCCUCAUACAGUUCUUUUAACGUGGCCUCUGCUAGAUCACAUCUUAUCAAGGUCACCAACUUCGGUCCCCGAACUGCCGGGUCCUUGGCUAAUGAAGUUGCUGCUGCUGACUAUCUUCGGAAUGAAUUAAAGUUAAUUGCGUCUGUUUCUAACAAAACGGGGUUGGUCGUUUCGCUAGACGAACAUAAGUCUGGCUACUCGAGUUUCCGGGCGUUUUCUCAUGUUUCUUCAUACAAUAAUGUUCGGAACUUUGCUCUUCGUUUCCAUGAUCUGCGUGCCAAAGGUGGUAACCAUAGCAAAUUAGCAUUCCUCAUUAAUUGUCAUUACGACACGGCCCCUGGGAGUCCUGGUGCUAGUGAUGCGUUUGUUAAUUGCGCUGUCAUGUUAGAAGUUUGUCGUAUAUUGGCGACUGGUUCGUCUAUUCUUUUUAAUGAUCUUAUAUUUCUUUUCAACGGAGCCGAGGAAAGUCUGUUACUUAGCAGUCAUGCUUUUAUAACGCAACACAAGUGGGCCACUGACAUCGUCGCUUUUAUGAAUUUAGAAGGGGCAGGUGCUGCUAAACGUCUUUUGCUUUUUCAAACUGGUCCUGGUCCGUCAUCAGAUGUCUUACUUGAAGCCUAUGCAAGUGCUUUCAAACAACCAUUCGCCAGUGUUUUGGGGGAAGACGUGUUCCAGUUCGGACUAGUGCCAUCGGACACAGACUACAGAAUAUUUCGUGACUAUGGGCUUGUCCCAGGGUUAGAUCUUGCAUAUAUACAAGACGGAUUGUUGUCUUCAACUGUCGGGAUACAAUGUAUUGAGUUUCGUCCAGUUGGUUGCCAAAGAUGA